AUGGAAGAACUUCAGAUCAAACCCUCGGGCAUUUUUAUGCAAUAUGACUUCAUCACGCCUGAGCAUGAAGAAAAGCUUAUUCACAUCUUUGAGAAUGAGUUAGAAUGGCCAACUCGCCCAGGACGACUCUCUCUCCACUAUGGCUACACCUUCAGCUAUAAAACAUUCGGAAUCGACGAAGAAACACCAUUCAAGCCUUUUCCGGAUUGGCUGGUACCUCUACUACCGACCACAGAAGGCCGACCACCUGAUCAAGUCUGUCUACAACAAUACGCCCCAGGCACAGGAAUACCACCCCACGUCGACACCCACGGUCCCUUCGAUCAACUAUACUCUUUAUCCCUCGGCUCACCACUCAUGAUGCAAUUCGCCAACAAAGAAACAGGAGAGAAAAUUGAGGUCGAUUUAUUACCAAGGAGUAUGAUGCAGAUGAGCGGUGAUUCACGAUUACACUGGACGCACGGUAUCAAGGCUCGUAAAACGGAUACGUUGUCUGAUGGGACUGUUAGGUUGAGGCAGGUUCGGUGGAGUCUUACGUACAGAUGGUUGAGGCCUGGGGCGGAGUGUGAAUGUGGGAAUGAGAAGCUUUGUGAUACAGCGCAGAGACGGAAUGGUGUUGAGAGGGAAUAUCGAUGGAAGCAAUACGAGGAGGAUGCGAAGAAAGAAACGCAGAUUGUUUAG